CCUUCAUCAAACUCCUGCUCAGUGUUUAUCUCGUUGGCCUUCUGAAUAUCGAUGAUGUCAUUGAUUUCUACGCGUAUCAAGAAUGAGAAAUGUUACGGCAACGAUGAUCCAUUCAGUCGUUUGUCCAGCUUCAUGCUUGUCAUCAGUUGUUGAUCGCUUUUCUUCAACAGUAGUAUUCAGUUGAGUUUAUACCCACCGAAGACUUAGACGUCAGUCGUUUUCAGAGAAGAAUAAACCAAUUCACAAAGAAUACAAAGAAAAAGAAAAAAAAAAAAACGAAAACAAGGAAGACCAAAGAAUAAUUAUAAGACUACAAGAUUUACAGAAGAUAAAAUAUUGUUUUAUAAAACUUGUAAAAUGAAAGCCUAUAUACUUGGAGUCAUAAGUCUUUUGGUUAUCUGGACCACUCUGGCCAAUGGUGGCACCACAGAUGCCACAUUCAAGUGUGAUACCAUUAAGCAGGAAAGGACAAGUAACGAAACAGAUGACAGAGAAUGUUUUUCCAUUAUGAGUGACUCAAUGAAAACGAUGGAAGAAUUGGUCAAAGGAGAGUAUAACUGCUCUUACUUUUGGUCGGUUUACCUGCCUGGACACAACUGUAGCUUGCAAUAUGGAUGUGGCAGCUAUUUUGAAGUAUUCCUGUCUAGCGUCACUUGUGAGGCACCGGCUUCUCCUACACCUGAAGUUACGCCAACAACUGAGAAGUCUCCAGAAAAUGCUGCUUCACGGAUGACACCAAACUUUUCCCAAGCUUCAAGUACAAUUGCAAUCAUAAUAAUAUCUCAGCUAUUGAACAACAAAAUGUUUUGAUUUAGAUUCCAUGUUUCACCUACUUCGUUUUUUGUUGUAUUACAUAAUGCUUCUGUGAAAUAUGCUUUAGUUUUUAAAUGAAAUGGCUUGUAAAUGAUAUUUCGAUGUAUUAAAAUGAAAUCAUGGAUAUUUAUUAUAUAUGGAUAAUGCAUUGUGUUUAUGCAAAAAAUGCCAUAAACACUGACCUCAGAAUAGUUCCUCCUUAAACUUUCUGUUAUUUAGCUGGCAAAGCAAGAAAUAAGAACUGGUUAGGAAAAGAAAAACGGCCACGUUGUUGUGGGCAAACUGCAACCUGCAGGACUUUCUGAAUGGUACACUAGCGAAAUAUUACCUUGAAAUUUUUUGUACUACGAACCAUGUCGCAUGCGGCCCGCUUCUCGGAAAAGGUUACCCAAUGCCCACGCUAAACACAGCUUGUUUUGUUUAAUGGUUCGUUCAACUGUGGAUACGCUUGGAUACCGGGGAAAUAUGUUGGACGUGAACCAGAAAGGAAAGGAAGAGAAACAAGAAACAAGCAUCAGGUCCCUUUUGUGUUAUCCAUUUAUUUUAUUGAUUUAUAUUUUAUCUAACUCAUGUAUAUGUUUAUAAUUUAAUAAGCGUAUUGUUUGAAGAAUUACAGCUUGAUAAUAUAAUUAUUGUGCACGCAUACCUCCCCCCCACAUAUAUAUGUAUAUAUUAUCCAAAAUGUAUAGUAUUAAAUAUCCACCACGGCUGAUCCUUUCGCGUAAAGAAUGCAAUGGAGUGUUAGGUAACAA